UUAGAAUUGAGUAGCAACUUUUUUGGUCCCGGUGCAAAGCCGGGUACCGUUGCUGAUGACAUAGAUCAAGCUACUGGUAUCGAACGUGCUGAAUUACUAAGUAAGUUAGAAGGCAAGGACAUAUACGACCUUAGUCCUUUGAAAAUUACUGCAGUGGGUACAAAAAAGGACCCUGUUAUGGUAAAGAGUGUGGAUCCUGUACGUUUUGUCGGCUGUACUGGGUUCCCUGUUGAUUCUCAUGAGACAGUUUGGUUAGGUGUUGAUAAAAAUCAUGAAUUUGACAGAUGCCCUGAAUGUGGUCAAAUAUUCAAACUUGAUUUUAUUGGUAGUGAAAACGAAGGUCAUGGGCACCAUUAG